GACGUAGUACUUGUCUUCUCCAUCCAAUAUCUUUUUCAUCUUCCUCCACCACUUCAUAUUCCUAUUAUUGUUUCCCUCCUCCUUUUACUUUCACCCCCAAUGGACCAGCCAUGUCUAUGAAUAUUCCCUCCCCUUGCUCUCCCUCUCCAUCUUCUUCUUCUCCUUUCCCUCCAAUCUCCACUGGAUUUCACCCCUUCCUCCGCUGCCUUCUUCUCCGCCUUCAAGCAGCCAUGUCUAUGAAUAUUCCUUCCCCUUGCUCACCCUCUCCUUCUUCUUCUUCUUCCUUCUCCUCCUUUCCCUCCACUCUCCACUGGAUUUCACCCCUUCCUCCGCUGCCUUCUUCUCCGCCUUCAACCACCACCUCAACUUCCUCUAAGCCCACGCGUUCAUUCUGCCUGCAGGCUACAGCCCACCAGCGAACUCAACCUGCCGCUACUGAUUUAUCUCUUCCCUCUAAUAAGAACAGUAACGAUGAUCAAACCCUUCUCUCCCUCCUCCGCCAAAGGAAAACCGAACAAGCUUGGACCCAUUAUUCCCAAUCCCCUCACCUCCCCACCCCUACUUGCUUAAGCCGCUUAGUUGCUCAGCUCUCUUACCAAUCCACUCCACAAUCUCUAUCACGCGCUCGUUCAAUCAUCACGCUCCUCCGCAAUGAACGCCAGCUUCACCGACUCGACGCCAACUCCCUCGGCCUCCUGGCAUCGACUUCGGCGAAAUCCGGGCAUACCCUUUACGCCUCUUCCCUCAUCAAGUCUAUGCUUCGCUCUGGUUACCUCCCCCACGUCAAAGCAUGGAGCGCCGUCGUUUCGCGGCUUUCCACUGAGUCAUCCUUUGAGUCGAUAAGCCUUUUUGAUUCCGUGACUCGCCGCGUCAGACGCUUCGCGGAUCCUUCAAUUGUUGCUGAUUCCAAACCUGACACGGCUGCCUAUAACGCUGUGCUUAACGCUUGUGCUAAUUUGGGUGACAAAAGUAAGUUUCUGAAACUGUUCGAUGAAAUGCGUGAAUGGGGUUGUGAAGCUGAUGUUUUGACUUAUAAUGUUAUGAUAAAGUUGUGUGCUAGAGCUGAUAGGAAAGAUUUGCUUGUGUUUGUGUUGGAGAGGAUUAUUGAGAAGAGAAUACGUUUUUGUAUGACUACUCUGCAUUCCCUCGUUGCUGCUUAUGUUGGAUUUGAUGAUCUUGAAACGGCUGAGAAAAUUGUUCAAGCUAUGAGGGAAGGAAGGAAUGAUCUUUGUAAGAUUCUCCGAGAUGCAUAUUUGGAAGAUCUAAAACGAGCUAAGGAAGACGAUUAUGAUGAUGAAAGCUACGACUAUGAUGGGGAUGAUGAUGAUGAAGAGGAAGAUACAAAAGAUUCGAGUCAAAACAAGAUAGAUGAUAUAGUGUUUGAGAAGUUGCUUCCUAAUUCGAUUGAGCCGUCCAGUGAACCACCAUUAUUGCCGAAAGUAUAUGCACCAAAUUCUAGGAUUUAUACGACAUUAAUGAAAGGUUAUAUGAAGGCAGGCAGAGUUACAGACACAGUGAAGACUUUAGAAGCAAUGAGGCGUCAAGAUGAUAAAGCUAGUCAUCCUGAUAAUAUUACAUACACAACAGUUGUUUCUGCCUUUGUGAAGGCCGGAUUGAUGGAUAGAGCGCGAGAAGUGCUAGCCGAAAUGACCAGAAUUCGUGUGCCAGCAAAUCGGAUUACUUACAAUAUUCUUCUCAAGGGUUAUUGCCAGCAGUUGCGAAUAGACAAGGCAAAGGAAUUGCUAAGGGAGAUGGCUGAUGAUGCAGGGAUUAAGCCCGAUGUGGUUUCAUAUAAUAUAUUAAUUGAUGGAUGCAUAUUGAUAGACGACAGUGCUGGGGCUCUUGCAUUUUUCAACGAGAUGCGGGAGCAAGGAAUCACUCCUACGAAGAUCAGUUACACUACAUUGAUGAAAGCUUUCGCUUUGUCAGGUCAACCGAAGUUAGCCAACAAGGUUUUCGACGAGAUGCUUAGAGAUCCACGGGUGAAAGUCGAUUUGGUCGCAUGGAACAUGUUGGUGGAGGGAUAUUGUAGGCUGGGACUGGUCGAAGAAGCUAAGAAAGUAAUCCAAAGAAUGAAGGAAAACGGAUUUUACCCUAACGUUUCUACUUAUGGUAGUCUAGCAAAUGGGAUUGCAUUGGCUAGAAAACCAGGGGAAGCACUCUUGCUCUGGAAAGAGAUUAAGGAUAGGUGCGAGAUGAAAAAGGAAGAUGAGAACCAACCCUCCGAUUCUCCCGCUCUUCCACCACCGUUGAAACCGGAUGAAGGUCUAUUAGAUGCUCUAGCUGAUAUAUGUGUGAGAGCUGCUUUCUUCAAGAAGGCAUUGGAAAUUGUGGCUUGCAUGGAAGAGAAUGGCAUACCACCAAACAAGACCAAGUACAAGAAAAUCUAUGUGGAGAUGCAUUCGAGGAUGUUUACUAGCAAGCAUGCUUCACAAGCGAGGCAGGACCGGAGGGUCGAAAAGAAGAGAGCGGCCGAGGCAUUCAAGUUCUGGUUGGGUUUGCCUAAUUCUUAUUAUGGAAGCGAGUGGGAUUAUGGUUCUAAUGGCAGAUGAUCACAUUUAUGCCUCUGUGGUUCAGAGUCAGUAAAACAAAAUCAACAAUGUAUACUUGCACUAAUUUGUAACAAGGUCAAGGUCAUGUAAUGUAAUUGUACUGUAUAUUGCAAAUGCAGAAUAUUCAGUCAAA